GGGGAGGAACAGUGUGCCCCAUCGUUGGUGUCAGUGGGGGGAGGAACAGUGCCCCAUCGUUGGUGUCAGUGGGGGGAGGAACAGUGCCCCAUCGUUGGUGUCAGUGGGGGGAGGAACAGUGCCCCAUCGUGGGUGUCAGUGGGUGGGGGGAGGAAUAGCGCCCCAUCGUUGGUGUCAGUGGGGGGAGGAAUAGCGCCCCAUCGUGGGUGUCAGUGGGGGGAGGAAUAGCGCCCCAUCGUUGGUGUCAGUGGGGGGAGGAAUAGCGCCCCAUCGUUGGUGUCAGUGGGGGGAGGAAUAGCGCCCCAUCGU